AUGCUGGAAGCAAAUCAGAUGGUGAAGUGGAUCAGCGAGGAAGGUGGAGGGGGUGGGGUUGCCGGGGAGGCCGCCAUCUUGGGUCUGUGUCACCGCCGCUCCCCGGCGUCCUCCAGUCAGCUUCCCUGUCCGCGCCAAAGCUGUUGCCAGAGCCUUGGCUCUUGGUCCUCGGGUACAGUUAAUCACACUGCCUUAUUCUGUUAUUUAGUGGGAAGUGAUCUUGACGCAGGCAGGAUAUGCGGCUACGGGACUGCUCGCUGCCGGAGGAACUGUAAGAAACAAGAGUCCAAAGUUGGAAAAUGCCCCAACACCUAUCCAUGCUGUUUGAAAAAGUGGAAUGGCAACUCACUGAAUCCUUCGAAGGACAGAAAGCCGAAGGGAGCCUGGCUCCUAGAAAUGGCCGCCAGCCAGACCUCUGAGCCUGCCUUCUCCGGGCCGUCCCGCUGGGCCGUCCCCAGCGGAACAGGUCUGGUUGACUGA